UGUUGCUGCAACAUCAGUGCACUGCUGCUGCUGCUGCUUGCUACGGCAAACAAAACAGCGCCACAUCCGACUGCGUCACCGCCACAACAACAACAACAAGCCUUGUUUGUUUUGUUGUUCUUGACAGCGUGGCACUUCGCGCAUUCGCCAUUCAUCUCUCGUCGUUCCCGCACACCUUACGACUUUGCCAACUUUUGCUAGCCACCCUCCCCCCUCUGCCAAACACACACACAACCUUCACUAUGUCUGACAAGAGCUACAAGUGGCAGGUCAAGCCUGGUGGCACCAUCCCCGCCGAUGCGCUUGACGUGAAGCACGCCACCUCCCAGACCGGUUCCACCUCCCAGCGUCAGUCCCUUCAGAUCAACAAGGGUGGCGAGGGCGCGCCCAAGCUCGACUCGCAGUCCCAGGGCAUUGCCCACGCCGUCGGUGCCCCCAAGCCUCCUCAGUACGUUAACGCCGUCGCCAAGGACCAGGCUGUGCGUCACAACGCUUCUGGCUACUAAAGUGCCAACCGCUGCUGUCGCCCAUUUCUCUCGUGGAUAGAACCUCGCUCUUUGGAUGUACCAGCUGCUGGUGUUCCCUCCACUUCUGCUGGUUUCGUCGCCGUCAGCUUCCCCCUCCCCUCUUUUUUUUUUACCUCUUCUACCCUCGUUCACCUUUUGCUCGACAAACAUGAAGAAGCUGUUCUCAUGAGAUAACCACAACACCCCCCUUCCAUCCCCCCCCCCACAAAGGCACGCUCUGUCUUGCACCAAGGCGACGCGCUGCCCCUAUUUCUGCCCUCUCUUUUCUCUCUUGCUCGUAUGUGUACACUUUUAUCUUUCUCUUUUCCCCCUUGUUCACUGUCUUAUUUCUCCCCUCGUUCUCGUGGUGUGCUUGCGCCCCCAAAGAAUGAACAUGGCUCGUGCUUGAAUACGCUGCACAAAGACAUGAAUCUCAAAGGGAAGGGAGAAAGAGAAAGAAAACCGAG